AUGUCCGAUACGACCAAGAAUGAUCCCGAUGCCCUCCCCAUCCUCCGCUCCCGAUCUCCUCACCCGUACCAUAGACAUUCGAUAUCUGCACAUUCUCCUCCAGAUGUCUAUGUAGACGGCGCGGCUGCCAACGAUACCAAGCCUGGUAGGGCUGAUGUCGCUAACAACCUCGCCGUCCCAGCUACAUCAUCCAUCCCGCUCCAACAUGCGCAAACCAACCUAAACACUACCUCUCCGCUACCUGACCCGUAUACUCCUUCUUCGUCUUCAUUAUCGUUAUCGUCGUCGGAAUCUGGGACUGAAGCGGAUGACGAAAAGGAUGCAGCACAUCAUAAGCCUGGUAGUGUGCAAUACUUUAGUAAAAGAAGGACAUUACCCGCUCCACCACCUAAAAGACGGAAAACGGGACAAUGGGAGAUAGACGAGGAUGAACAACCUUCGCCGAAGCAGGAUGAUUCAGAUAAAACAGAUGUGGAGGGGAAGGAUAUCGGUGAAGCUGCCCUUAAAGGUUCGAGGACAGGGAGCUUGGGUGGGCGGAAGAAGAUUGUAUUCGUUAGGAGAGGAUUGGAGGUUUCAUUGAUGGUUGUACUUGUGCUUAUGGUGUGCAAUCAACCAGAAGUUAGGAAAGAGCUUCGGACAUGGAAAAGAGAACUCACAACCUUCUUAUUCACCUAUCUCGCCGUCAUCGGCUCCCACCCCGCUAUCUCCAACCUUCGCAAACCUUUUACCGUUAUUCUCCCAUCAUCACUCGACCCUUCACCUCUCCUCUACCCUCUAGUCUUCCCGGCAGCCAUUGCAUUAUCCCUAACACCUUACACCUCCCUUUACAUGCUCUCCAUCCUCCUCUGCUCUCUCGCAUCUCUUCCUCCAGACGUCUACCCCCGCUUUAUCGCUAAUGACCCAAAUCUCAAGUACCUAUUCACCCUCACACCUCUUCUUUCCUCCUCCAAAGUCCACCCUGCCUCGGCUGAGCAUCUCCUCUAUACCCCAAUCCUACACUCAAACCUCGUCUCACUGGGCGUAGACCUCUUAAUUCCUAGUCUAACAACUACAGAAACCCGUUUACUCGCCACAGCACUCAUCCAACUCCUUGACAGUGUUUCCGCUCAAAUGGUCACACUAAAAACGAUCCUCUGGAUGACCGGUGGCGCCCUAAUAAUCGGUUGCAAAACAUUCAUGCAGAAAGAAAUAGAUUUAGAACGCUCGAUCGUCUUCGCCCGCGCCAGACCAUGGGCCCGUCGCCGGAAAGCUCGACGUGAAAAGAUCAACAUCGAUGGCUUCAUGGCCGGCCAUACGUCUAGCGAUUCAGAUACCACGGUUAUCACCAAGGGCGGUAUAUCAAAGGCGAAAGCGGCGGAUAUACGGAAACGGCUUCCUAAGUUUUUGCCCGACGAACUACCACAGAAUAUUCCAACCCUCAAGUUCUUAUAUGCUAUUCCGGUUUAUGUCAUUCUGGCUGGAGUUAUUAUGUUUGCUGAGAGACCUUACCUUACAUACAAUGCUUUUGGUGGUAUAGACCCGUUUCCUUGGGCGGCUGGAUACUUGUUUUCGGGAUUACCGUUUUACCAUACAUUUGUCGAAGAUAUGGGCUGGACAGGAUACAAAGGGCUCGAUGUUCCUGAUGGAGAAGAAGGAAAAUGGGGUCCGAAUUAUAGACUUGGGCUUGCUGGAUAUUGGUCGAUACUUGUCACGAUCGGUAUUUGUGUCGUCGUGACAUUAGGGAAAGGUGUACGAGUACCGAUGGAAAAAUUAGGAUUCGAAAUUCAAGGGCCGGGUUGGCUUGGACUUGCAGAGGUGGCUAGAGGAAGAGCUGUCGAGGUUGAUACAAGACGAAAAGUAUUCCACGGCCUUGUCGUUGCGAUGUUCUUACCGACUAUAUACCUAGACCCGCCGUUCGUAGGGACAGCACUACUCGUUACUUUGGGCAUCUUUUUACUGGUGGAUAUUCUCCGAGCAACACUCAUACCGCCGAUUUCUAAACCUUUAUCAAUUUUCUUAGCGCCAUAUGUUGACGGACGAGACUUGAGGGGCCCGAUUGUUGUUUCUCAUGUGUUUUUGUUGAUUGGGUGUGCUAUUCCGGUGUGGUUGAGCUUAACAGGUUCAAAAGUCGAUAUCCAGGAGGGAAUGGAGGCUCCAUUCGGGGUAUACUGGCGAGCGCCCAAGAGAGAAUUGGCAAUGAUAGCCGGUGUUAUCUGUGUCGGUAUGGGUGACGCGGCUGCAUCGUUAAUUGGAAGACGGUUUGGAAAGCACAAAUGGGGGUGGAGCGGUGGGAAGAGUAUAGAAGGAUCAUUAGCAUUUACAUUUGCAGUUUACAUCGGUCUAUUGGUUGGGAAAGUCUGGCUUAUUGCUGGAAAUUUUCAAGAAGGAAGAGGUGGGAUUACGAGGGGUGGGUUGAAGGUAUUGACUCAAGUUGUUGGUAUAAAGACCAUUGGAGUUUUUACGGUGAAAGCGCUUGCGGCAGCCGGGUUGGGGAGUUUGGUAGAGGCGGUUAUUACGGGAGGAAAUGAUAAUGUGGUUGUGCCGAUUGUACUUUGGUUGGCGGUUAGAGGGUUGGGGGUUUAG